AUGGAUCAAGACUUCAAUGAGGACGACUUUGAGGAAAAUUAUCAGGGAGUUGAAGUAGAAAGCGAUGAGAGCUACCAUUCGGAUGAGAAUGAGACAAGAAAACCCUCCAAGAGGACCAAGUUAAAGAAACUGAAUGCAGCAAAGACAAAAGAAAAGCUUUCGGUAGGUGGUAGUCGAAAAAAUGGGAAUGACAUAAAUGUAGGAGAUAGGAGGGGAGACUCUGGGACUGUUCUGGAACUUUUCAAGAUUCCAGCUUCAAUUCGAAACCUGACAAGAGACUAUUCGUUCAAGCAGAGAUUCACUUUGAACUAUGGAUUUAAUGAAUCGUUCUAUCAACAUUGCCUUAAAUACAAGCGACUGUGGGAAGAUAAAUUAUUUUAUGUAGAUGAAGAGCAAUUAAGAAACGAUUAUAAUACCGACGUGAAUCUAGUAAAGAAGCUAGCACCAGGAGACUUUUCACAUUUCCCCACAGCUUCGGUACAACUGAUCGAUAAGAAAACAUUGCUUUCAAAAUUUAAUGCAGUGGACUUAACUUUCACCACAGACUUUCAAGCAGCAAGUAGCUUAACAUUUGGCCAAUCAGUUGAUUUACCAAUUGAAAAUAGGAACGGUGCAUUCCUAAAUGUAGGUGGUCAUAUAACGUCCAUGAAAUGGCUACCAACAGAUCCAACGUUGGGUGGAAAAGAUGUCGAAAACCAGUACUUGGCCACUUCCAUAAUACAAUCUGAUAACUCUAAAGGAAUCAAUGAUGCUCAAUUAGGGUUAUUUUCUACCAGCACCAAUGGGAAGAUUGCUGGUGGUGUUCAGAUUUGGAAGUAUAACGUCAAGCUGAAGGAGUUUUCGCUUUACAAAUUCUAUCUCACUUCAGAGACUUUUGGCAUAGCGUCAGAUUUGUCUUGGGUGCCUUACUACAGAACUGAUAAUGUUUUGGGAGUGUUAAGUGCCACGUUCUCUGAUGGCAAGCUUCAUCUCAUUAAAAUAGAUACUAACUCAACUAAAGAUAGAGUGCCAGACUUGGGCCUCUUACUGAAACCGUCAGUUUCAUAUUCAUUACCAGAAGAAAAGAUUACUUGCUACGAUUUCUUAGGGUACGAUAAAAUUAUAGUUGGUACUUCAAAUGGGUCUAUCGGUGAGUUUAUUCUUCCCACUAUUGAUUCUACGUUUCAAACCCCAUCAUAUAUUCAAUCAGUAACGGAGGCUCCCAUAACCUCUAUAUCGGUUGCGAAAAGAGAGCUUUCCCCUUCUUCUAACAGUUACACAAUCUUAGUUAACUCUGCUGGGGCUCAAUGCUUUGCAGUAGAAUAUCCAGAUUUCCAACAUGGAAGAGUGGAAUCAUGGGCAACAAAUUCACUUAUCAAACCAAUCUAUAAUCAAAAUUUGAAAUUGUUUGUAUCUGACGAUUCUCAAGAUUCUUUAACGUACUCAUUCGUGAGGCACCCACACGAGAAGUCUACAUUCAUCAUGAAGGUUGAUGGGACCAUAACGUCAUUUCACCAAUCUGAAAUCUUAAAUCAUCCUUUAAAUUUAAACGGCAAUUCCCUCGGUGAGGUUCAUAUCAUUAAUAUAGCAAGAAAAAUUUUAAAUGGAAGUAAGGCUACCAAUAAGGUGUUGCAACCGCUAAGAUUAUGGAAAUUACUGAAAGAAGAAGGAAAGCCUGAGAUCCAUGUCAAUGGUGACCUACUUACUUCAGCACCAGAUAAGGUCACAAAACUAUCUAUUGCUCCACCAGAGAUUACUAUAUCAGCUUUAGCUUGGAAUGAGAAUCUAGAUGCUAGUUCAGUCUAUAGCGCUGCGAGUGUUUCAGGUUUACUUAUUGUAGAGAGGCUAGACAAAUAG